AUGUCUAUGUCAACUCGAUUUCCAAAUGUGCACAGAGAUAUGGAGAAUAAAUUUACAGGCAAGAUUCAAAUAGCAUCUUUUAACAUUAAUGGAUUGAUGAAUAAACUGGCAGUUCUUUUAAGGAUGUUAGUGGCGGAGAAAAUUGACAUUUUGGGCAUCCAGGAAACCCACUACCCUGGAGAUAUUACGGCUAAUUUUAAUGACUAUAAAAUGUUUUGCUCGGGUACUACCUCCAAUAGUUGGUCAGGGAUCGCUUUCCUCAUUAAUAAAAGAAUGCAGAAAUAUGUCAUGAAAUUUGUACCCAUCUCGGAAAGGAAUGAGCGAUCAGCCUUUAUAGAUAUAAUGAUUAACAUAAUACACUCCUUACCAGAGAGAUAUAACAUCAUAAUAUUAGGAGAUCUAAAUAUGGAUAUAGGCAGAGAAGUGGAAUAUAUGAAUAGAAAUGUCACUGGGCACGCUACCUUAAUACAGAGUAAUAGCGAAUACAGUAAGAAAUUACUUGACUUCUGUUGUAAUAAAGGUUUUAAAAUUGAAAACACUUUUUUUAGUCAUAGUGAUAGGAGUACGUAUACCUUUGUAAGAGCUCACCAGCAAUCACAAAUUGACUUCUUCAUCUCGAAUAUUCAUCGUUGGUUCGUGGAUGUUAAAGCGAUAACUAAUAUGAACUUGUCAGAUCAUAGACUGCUUAGAGCAAUUAUUAUAGAUAAAAAUUUAUGGGGGUAUCAUAAUGGAAACAGACAAUCUUCUACUAGAUCUAGCGCUACUCCCUUGUGUAAUGGAAUAACUCGUAAACUGAGUAAAAUAAGAACAUUAGAUGAUGCAAGAUAUUUUGAUCAGAUAUUAAGUGGGAAAGAAGCCAGCUACUUGAAUACAAUUAGGCUUGCAAGUGUUGAGAAAAGUUGGAAUCUUUUUAAAGUUGUUCUUGUUGAUACAUAUAAAGUACUGCCAGAUGUAAGUCUUAUCCAUAGGAAGGAGUGGAUGGUGAAUGAUACCCUGGAGAAAAUAAACCAGUUAAGAACAGCGAAUAGCUCUAAUAAGGAUCUUUGGAAGAUGAUACAGAGAUUACUGCGGAGAGAUAGACUGGUUUAUAGUGCGAAGAAAGCGUUUGAUAUUGAUAAAGAUGUAAGAGAAAAUAGACUAUAUGAUGCAUAUAAGAAAUUAAAAUAUUUUUGUAAACCUUACAGUUUUCAGAAGUUACCCUCUAUAGUAUUAAAUAAUGGUAAAGUAAUAAUUGAUCAAGAUGAACAGAUGGCGCUGUGGCUCGAUUAUUAUAUUACGGUUUUUGAUGGACGUAAAGUAACUAGAUCAACUAGUGUAAAUAUAAAUAUUGCUUCACCCCAGUCUGGGUUCCCUGUAAUGGAAAUUAUGAAUGUAAUAAAGAAAUUACGUAACAAUAAAGCUCCAGGGCUUGACAACAUUACGGCGGAACAUCUGAAGAUAGCACCUAGAACGACAUCUUCUUUCCUACUAGCGCUAUUCAAUAAAAUAUGGGAAAGCGGAAGUACCCCUACAGAAUGGAACAAGUCCCUUUUAUGCAAUUUUCCCAAAACUGCAAAUCCUCAAAAAUUUACUGAUUAUCGUGCGUGUGCUCUAACAUCUUGCGUGUCAAAGAUAUUUAUGAAAACAUUAUUGAAAUCAAGUUUUAAAACUACAUCUGGGAAAGCUAUAUGCAAUAGUUAUACGACAGAUAAACGGAAAUUUCUGCGCCUCCAGGAACACCAUAUACUAAUUGUAGUGGCUACAGGAAUGAGGAAAAGAUUUGCUUGA